GGUGGCUGGGCGGGGCGCGAGGGAGCAGCGCGGGCCUCCCGACGGGGCGCGCGGCUGAGCGGCCUCGGGUCAAUGACCGCCUCCCCACGCCCGGGGGCGAUGAAACCCUUUCCCGGCGUCCGCGCUCCCAGUUCGGCCACAACGAGUCGCCGGCCCGGCAGCGCGGUCGGGACACUCGGUUUCCUCCCCAGAGCCCAGGCCUGAGAACCUCCUUGCGUUAGCCCUUGGCACUCUGUCCCAUCCAAGUUCAAGUAACGUGCUUUCUGAGGAGUAAAGAAGGUGAACUAAAAAGGGGAAGAGAGACACAAGAAUGUCAGGCAACAAAGAAAGGAAGAGUCAAGGAGUUCCUGAAGAAGCUCUGGCUAAACAAGACACAUCUUCAUUAACUGAUACUGUCGAGCAAGUUGCACAGCAACAACAAUCACAAACAUCAGAAAUAGAAAAAAACAAAAAAGUUCUGUUCCAUUUGCAGAAUGAACUUCAUGAGCUUAAAACACAAAUAGCAUCUGUCUCUGCAGAAACUAAAGAAACAGAAAGGCAAAUUUAUCAGCAAGAUGCUGCCAUACAGAAUACCAAACUUCAGUGUGGAAACCUGGAAAAUCAAAUCAAAUCCUUACAUACAGAAAAUGUGAAGCUUAAAUUUGACAUAGAGGCAGCACAAGAAGAUUUUGAGGAACAAAUGAUAAGAUAUAAUGAAUACUAUGCAAAAAUAAAAGCACAUAAAGAUAGUUUGAGAGAGGUAGAGAGCAAAUGGUCAUUCAUGACUGAACUCAGUGAGAAACGAGACCUUGUUAAAAAACUAAAGACAAUGAAAGAGGAACUUAUGCAGGAUCUCCAAAAUCCAGAAGGAAACCUGAUGAAACAAGUACAGGACGACAUUACAAACCUAAAGGAUAAAAUUAUAACUAUAAAAGAAUCCAUCAUUGAAAAAACUUGUUUUCUUGAGGAAGAAAAAAAGACACAUGAAAAAUUAAGAAAAGAAAUAGAGGUACAACAUAAGAGAUACGGUGCAAUUCUUAAGCGUUUGCAUUGUCAGGUGAACAAGCUUCAGUCAGAUAGAAGACAAUGGCAAUGGAACAUUCAACAGCUGCAAAAAACUGCAGCUGAACUGAGAAAAUGCAUUGGAACGAAAGAUGAACAUGGCCGUAGGGUAAUGUAGUAUAGGGUAAUGCUGAGCACAGACUAUGCCAUAAAAAUUAUGGGAUAGAAAGGUGAGAAAAUCCUUUGGGUCUUAACAACUGACAUCCACUAUCAGAGGGCUCUCUUAAUGACACAUAUGUUUUCUUUUCUUUGAAUCAGUCAUCUGUUUGCUGAACUGCCUUCCAACCCGAUAAUUGAUAGAAAUAGAGAGACAAUAGGAAGGCUCACAGAAAAAUAGUGAAAGACUCUGUAUGAAUAUUUUGAGUGUAUAAGAUAUAUUGUACUCAUGAAUGCCUGUUUAUAAACAUGUUGCCUUUACUAGCACAUGAAGCAAAAAUUUAGAAGAAAAGAAGCAUUUGAAUUUACAAUGAUUUAAAUUGUUAAGAUAUUUUAAAUGGUUGUCUGUUUCAAACUACCUGCUUUUUUACCCCUGGCUUCAAAGCAGUCCAUAAAUGUUGACAUUUAUAAUAAGGUUGUUAUAUGUUCGAGGCUUCAGAUAUUUACUUAGUUUUUCUCUUUUAUCCAGAAGGUAACAAUCAUUUUUCUUUGCUGUUGGAUGACAUAUUUUUAGACUGGUACAAUGUAUACAAUUUUUUGUUCACUUUUCUGUCUGUAUGUUCUUUCUUACUAUUCUAUAGCUAAAUUGAAUUUAUAACAUCAUGUAAGGCAAACAUACCAGCUCUUAAUGUUAACCAGUGUAGACUAACACAUAUUUUUUCUCAUUGAAAGUCAUAUACUAUGUCCACAGCAACAUACUUGUGCCUUUUAGAAUAAAAGCACUCCUUCUUGUGGCUCCAUUGCAUCAAGUUUUUAGAAGCAGAAACAAAACAUUAAUUAUUGAAGAUAUGGUUUUUAAAUAUUCACUUUUAGGAUUUAAUGAGUUCAAAGCAAUAACAUCAAAACGGUAUCUUAGGUAAAUUUUCUCCUCACCUUUCUAUGUGCAUAAGAUUCAGUAAGAGUAUAGCUGACAUAAAACCUGAUAAUCUUGUUUGCCUAAUAUUAGUAGUCCUAUUAGCAAUUUGCAUGGCUUAUUAUGGCUAACACUUCAAGUGGCUUAUGCUGUAACACAAUCAGCAUUGGCCCAUGACUCAGAACUAGGUUAUUUUCUUUCUUUCUGCUUUUUUUUAGGAUUAGGGUUAGGGUUAGAGUUAGUAGAUCACAGACAUAAAUACAAAAUGCAAAAUUAUAAAACUGCUAGAAGAUAACAUAGGAGAAAGCCUAGCUAACCAUCAGUAUGGUGAUGUCUUUUUUAGAUACAACACCGAAGGCACAACCCAUGAAGGAAAUAAUUGAUAAACUAGACUUCAUUAAAAUCAAAAAUGUCUGCUCUGUAAUAGACACUGUCAAGAGAAUAAGACAAGUUAUAGACUGAAAGAAAAUAUUUGCAAAAGGCAAACCUGAUAAAGAACUGUUAUUCAAAAUAUAAAAUAAACUCUUAAAACUCAACAAUAAGAAA